GAGCCGAGAGAGUUGAUUUGUCAUUCAACAAAGAUUCUAGAAAAUAUUUAGAAAUUGGAGAGUACUGAGAUCAUAUUCGUCUGCAAAAUGUACAGUUUUGAAGGAGAUUUCAGAAGAAAGCCCGUUCAGUCCUUGAGGGGUGCAAGUAAAAAGGAACAGAAAGAAUCGCUACUGAAGAGAGCACAAGAAGAAAGGCAAAAGAGAGAGGGACAUCGGCAGAGAAAUCUGAGUGCAUGUAAAAUACAAGCUUUCUUUCGAGGAUUUACAUCCAGGAAGAAAUUGAGUGAAGCCUUGCGUGCUGAUUUUGACCAAAAGUUGCAGCCAGUGAGCAAGGAUAAUGUUGUGGAUAUCAAAGUUAUCAUCACACUCACACAGCGUCUGGUGUUCUUCUGUAGACCAGCCAGAGAUGGACACAGGCUGGUGUCAGUGUGCCAGCAGAUCAUCAAGCAGAAGGAGGCCUAUCUUCAGACCCUAGCUAACUCCAAUAAAAACCUGCAGCAGCUCAAUCAGCUUCUUGUGAUGUGUCUAAGAUACCUGAAUAGCAUUGCAUCUACUUCAUCUCCGAUCGCUGUGCCAAUGAGGAUGCUAGAAGUGUUUACCUCAUCCAAAACGUUUGUGUGUAUAAAGGGACUGUCAGGAAAGACAGAGACACAGCUGACACGCCAGAUACUGGGUUAUCUUGUUCAGAGAGGUUAUUUUGAGUGUAUGUACACAUUGCUGACACAGAAAGUUCCUUCUAGUAUUCCCUCCAACCCCAGCAGACAUACUCAUCCCUCCAACCCCAACUGCAGUUAUGUGAUAUCCAAAACCAUAGCAUUUAAACCAAUAAUGGAGUUCAGACUGUUAAGGGACCACUAUGUCCUGCAGUGUGUAUGUCGGAUCUUCCUGUGUCCAAGGUACACAGACCAAAUCAGUCAGUUCCUCCUACCAGCAAUGGCAUAUGGGAAAUACCCAUUCCCGUUUGUGGAGCUGAUCCAAGGCUUGAUCUCACAUACGUCCAAAAACGGUUCCAGCCAACGACGACAUCUGAAGCCAGAGCUGAAGCCUAGUCCCUGGCUCCUUGCAGCAGUUCUUACUCUGGCAGACAAGUAUAUCGGUGACCUGACAUCUGAAAACAGCUAUGCUUACAUGCAGCUGCUACAGUACUUACUGCCACAGCUUCCCAAGCCGAAAAAUAUUGACGUGGAUGAUGACUCUGAGGAGGAAGACAUGGCAGUAGACGAGGACUAUGGGUUUGCCAGUCUGUCUGAUCUUCGAGAGGAGUGUAUCCGAUUGCUAGACUCUCCAGGGCACCUUCACUGUAUGUUCAACUGUCUUCAGCGGAAUGCCGACAGCCAGCUGCUGGAGGCUGUGUCUGUCAUCUGCCACACACUGCUGUCCCAGCAGAGGCUGUCUGUACACAGGCUUAGGUUGCUGUACAGUUUGGCAUUCAACACUAAAGUGAUACGUAAUCUUUGGUACACAUGUGCCUCAGUAUCCACACCAACUGUCACCGGGUCAAGCACAUCCUUGAUUCUGAUGUUAGCUCGAGGUUUGCCGAUGUUGAAGACGGAUGUGAACCGUAUUGUGCCACUCCUGUCUGUGUUUUGCUCUAUGUUCAGUCACUCUCUCCUCACCCUACACGAUGCUGACUUCUAUGGUGAUAAUGAAGGGCAAAGUACAAGCAUGCCAUUCAAAAUAGAGGAGUUGGUUCCGAUGAGUCGAGCACUGAGAGACGCCUGUCUUGGCAUCAUAGAACUGGCACACCCCGAUGCCAAGCGAGCUGUGAAUGAUGAUUAUCGAAUAGCAUUACAGAAGACAGGAAUCAGGAACAGGGAAAUGGUUGGGGAGGAGGAGGAAGAGGAGACACGCCAGUGGGCAUACCUGUUUAAGGUUAUUUCCAAUUUAGUCCGACAGUUACAUACCAGGAAUUCCAGGAGGCCAUACUGUUCAUAUGGUCAUUGGUUGGCAGACCACAUACAGAUUAAUGCAGAUAAGCCCUCACAGAUUUAUCGGGCCCAGAAUGCUGUGUUUGUUAGGAGGCCAUUUGGUGUUCUCAGGACUCUUACAAAGACUAACUUUGAAGAUGAUGGACCACCAUUGGCCAACCGGGAUGUGAGGAAUCUAGUCAUUCUUACCGAGCUCCCAUUUGUUGUCUCCUUUUUCGACAGGGUUAAAAUCCUGCAGCGCUUGAUAAAUGCUGACAAGGAGGAAUCUCAGGGUGAUAUGUCCAACUUCAUGAUGGGUCCGUCAAUCAAUGUCAUGAUCAGGAGAAACUACAUCUAUGAAGAUGCAUUUGAAAAACUUUCUCCUGAAAAUGAGCCCAACAUGAAGCUGAAGAUGAGGAUACAGCUCAUAAACGCAGCAGGUCUGGAUGAGGCUGGCAUCGAUGGUGGUGGGAUCUUUCGAGAAUUCCUAUCUGAACUUCUCAAGACUGGUUUUGAUCCUAACAGGGGUUUCUUCAAGUAUACAGUUGACAGACUGCUGUACCCUAACCCUCAGGCUCAGGUGCUGGUUGAGGACUACACCAAGCAUUACUACUUUCUUGGUCGCAUGCUCGGCAAGGCAAUCUAUGAAAACAUGCUGGUGGAGCUUCCCUUUGCCAGCUUCUUUCUGGCAAAGAUGUUGAGUCGACAUAGUGCCAAUCUUGACAUCCACCAUCUGCAGUCAAUGGAUCCUGUCAUGUACAAGAACCUUUUAUUCUUGAAGACAUAUGAUGGGGAUGUGUCAGACCUGGGUCUCGACUUCACAGUAGUUAACAGUGAAUUCGGAGAGACUGUGUUAGAAGAGUUGAAGCCUGGUGGGAAGAACAUUGCUGUGACAGCCAACAACCGGAUCGAGUAUAUACACCUCAUGGCUGACUACAAGAUCAAUAAACAGCAUUUCAACAAACACAUUUGGAUGGCUGAUGUCAUCUCUAUUGAAUGGCUUCAGAUGUUUGAUCCCACAGAGCUUCAGGUUCUGAUCUCAGGUGCAACCGUCCCCAUAGACACUGAUGACCUUCGUCGUCACACAAACUACUCAGGUGGUUACACUGAAGACCACAAUGUCAUCAAGAUGUUCUGGAAUGCUGUGGCAACGUUCACAGAUCAGCAGAAACGACAACUCCUGAAGUUUGUCACCAGCUGCUCUAGGCCUCCACUGCUGGGUUUCAAGGACUUGUACCCAGCCUUCUGCAUUCACAAUGCUGGAAAAGAUCCUGAACGACUUCCAACAGCAAGCACCUGCAUGAACCUGCUCAAACUGCCAGAAGUGGACGAUGAGGUGAUGCUUAGGACAAAGCUACUCUACGCUGUCGAGUCCGACUCAGGAUUUGAACUGAGCUAGUAAUUGGUCCACAGAAUCAUAUCAUAAUAUGAACAUACAAACCAUGAGAACAGUCCCUGGAUGAUGUGAUUAUAACAAACUUGCUUACACACAGGAUGGAUUGCAGCUGCUCUUAAGAGACUUUGUGAUACACUGUACAUAUUUAAGGCCCUUGGAUGUGUAGGUUGUGUCUGAGAUAAAGAUUCUCAUGCGGACAUGUUAUUCUGGUGCUUUGAGAAUAGUCUUUUCAACUCGGACAUAUCACAAAGUAGGGCCAAAUUUCAGUACGCAAUUACACAGGAUUCAUUGUGUGUAUGUUAUAUAUGUAUGCUGUAGACUAUAUUUCACGUCUCCCAUCAAUGUCUCCAGUUGACAACCUGUUUGUAAUACUUGUUCCUCAUCAUCUACCCAUCAAAGCUAAGACCCUGAAACUAGCUGGACUGGUUUGUUUAGGCCUGUGACUGCUGGAUGUGGUUUGUUCUUGUUUCAGCUUGUUAAAUGACUGCUGCAUUCAUCUCCCUGUGUCAUUAACCAAGGCUGAAGUUGUUUGCAUGUCAUAGGCUAGUACAGCAUCAUACGUGAAUGUUUGUUUAAGCAAGAUUACAUGAUCAAAAUAUGAUUAUGAAUCAAAAUCAUUUGAAUGGCACAAAUACUGGAACUUUUGGGAGAAAACAGACUGAAUUUCUUCAUAUAUUAAUAAUUUUUAUGUUUUGUUUAUUCCACUGUUUUUACAAUGUGAUAAUUUCUAAUUUCAAAUCUCAUUUGAACCACUGUUUGAAAUGAAUAGUACUCUAAAAGUAUUUGGUUAAUUUUCACCUACGAAUUGGCAGUGCUUUAGCAUGAUUACAUGAUUGUCAGAGUAAAAAAUCUUUACAAAAAUAGGAAUCAGUUUGAUGUCAGAUUCUGAGUAAUAUUGGACAAAAGCCAUGAUUCAGAGACUUGUCCAAUCCUUUUCAAACAGAAGAUUUAGUAGUGAAACCAGUUCAGUACUGUUGGUUAUGAUCUGCAUACAAUGGAAAUAUAUGAUCUUUUUGAAGGGUACAGUGUGUGAAUAUUUGAUAAUUUGUAUUUAUACAUGUUGAAGAUAACUAGUAAAUAGUAAUGUUUGUUAUUUUGACAUAUUGUCUAUUUAUAAAGUUCACGUAAUCAAAUUGUUCUGUAAUAAAGUCACAAAUGAGCAUAUAUCUGAAUGAAACUUGUUUAUAGUAAACAAGUUAGAGCUGUAUAUUUGUAAUAUUUGCAUAUAAAUAGCACAAACCAAAUUAUUCUGCUAACUGUAUAUAGAAUAUUUAGACCACAUAUUUAUUUUUGGUUGGUUUACAAACCUGACCUACGAAAUCCCCCAGAAAUUAGAAAAGACUGACUUUCAACCAAAUCAUUGUUUGGCCAUUUCUGUUUUACUACUGGUUGGAAUGAAGAAACACAAGGGUUUAUCACCUCUGUUCAUAAGAAUGGCUUAUUUAAUAAUACAUGUCUCAAAACCUGUAUUCUCACAAAACAAAACCUGUCAUUAUACUUCAAUACAGGGCCAAGUUAAAACUGGUUUGUUUCUUAUGCAUUAGUAGCAAUACUAAUUUUGAAGUUUUUUUCUGACCAUUUACAGUGAAUAUGAGGCCAAAACUGUUGUAAAGCAGCUAAAUAGAAAUAAGGCCUUGCAAUGCUUCAGGUAAAUUAUUAUGUCUUGAAAUGUUUGAUAUCACUUGACCACUUAUUUCCAUUGUCAACAUUUACACCUCAUUAUCAGUCGUGCUUCUCCUUGAACAUAAAUGUGAUGUGUGAAUUUGUUUAUGUUUACUUUGAUUACUGACAAACUAGUUCAUGAACUGUC